AAAGGGGGCCGCUUUUUUAUCACCAGUGGGAAAACUUGGCCCUCACACGGAGCAUCAGGGGAGCGAUCCCCUCCCUAUUCCCUCAUCAUCCCCUCUCUCCGGGGGGGUGGUGGUGGGAAUCGAUACGCUGGGAUCGAUCCGGUCGGUGUGAUCAGCACUGGGGAGGGGGUGCCCCCCCCCCGCCUACCUCUCCUCCCCGUGCGGCCGUGGUGUCUGUCGGGCGGGAUCUCGGGGUGUUUGAUAAUGUAGAGAAGCCCAACAUGAACAAACCGUGCUGCCAUGGCUUGGGCCCUGACGUGACUUGUUAGUGGGCCCAAUGUAAUGAUCAGCUCAGAGAUUUCUCUUCAGUUUUCAAUAUGACAGACCCCAUGAUGGAUUUGUUUGAUGAUGCACAUCUCUUUGAUGACGCCUUGGGCUUGUCUGAUGAUGCUUUUGUUCAACACGGCCCUGUAUCUCUAGUUGAUGAAUUGAACCUUGGAGCAGAGUUUGAGCCUCUCCACGUGGACUCUCUGAAUCAUGUCCAAGAUUCUCAAACUCACCAAAAAAUCAGUGAGUUUGAGUCUCUGAAUCAGUUCGAUUCUAUUAAAUUGCACCAGGUAAACCAGUCGUACAGCAGCCCUGUUGAAAGUGUUCUAUCACCACAUUCACAGUUCAGCUGCUCACCAAUACACCCACCAAAUCAAGGCAAUGGACUGUUCCCUGAAGAUGGCAGUCCUAUGUGGGGCCACCAGACUGCUUCUAGUAUUCCUAGCCAAAAUGGCUCCCCAUUUCACCAACAUGGACACACUCAGGCUAUGCAACAAAGUAAAUCCUUUGCUGCACAUCAUGACUUUGCCUUGUUUCAGCCCAAUGAUCAGCAGAGAGUUUCAAUACAGCCACAGCACAAUAGGAAUCAUAUGAACACAGGCCAAGAAACUCUACAUCAGCCAAAAAACUUCAUGGAUAUUAAUGUUUCUGUCCCACACAGAACCACUAUUGCCCAACAGCCUCAGAUAGGCAAUAAUUUGACUCAACAACAGUCUCUUUCUGUACAACAGUUUUCACAAACCGAAGCAUCGUUGCACUUUUGCAGUAACCCUUUAGGGUCUCAACAAGAAAGCACCUUUGAUGGACAGUCUCCCACAAUGACACCUUGUGCCAUUAAUUCUACUCCAUCCUUUUCUACACCCUAUCCAUUCUCCAAUAACCACCUUAAUCAUUCUGCUCAUACAUUAUCAGACUUUACUGGAAGCCCAGCAUUCUCAGACCUAGGAACGAAGCAAGAGAUUAACCAACACAUUUUAGAUCCUAGUGCACAAUUACAUUCAAACAGUUUCCAGAUGGUGCAUCCUUCACAUCCUCAGGGUAACUACAACAGAACAAAAAUGUCCCCAGUGACCAUUAAUUUCCCAACGCCUGACAGUUCCUCCACUCAGUUGAGUCACUUUAAUGAUCACAUGGAAAGCAAUGGGUUUUCCCCUAUAGAAGAAAACUUACUACAGCAGGUGGAUGCACAAGCAGAACCAUUUACUGGACUUGAUCCAGAGGAUUUACUUCAGGAAGAUCUCCUACCGCACUUUGAUGCUACAUAUGGCCACGAAAGCUCAAAUUCAAGCCAUACUGUCCUAGAACAUCAGGACAUAGAGAUGCAUGUUGGUCAACAGCUAAAACUCUCCACCGACCUUCUUCCUUUGCAACAUAAUCCUCCUCCUGCUGAACUUACUUGGAAUUCUCAAAUGUCUAAACAUAUUCAGAUGCCGGAGAGGCACUUUAUAAAAUCCAAGGGAAAGCCUCCCUCCUCCAAAAAGCUCGAUGGUUCACGGACGUACCACAAACUGUCAAAUCCUAAGGUGAGGUCGACUUCUGAGAAACGACCCAAAAAAAAAGCUGACUCCGAAAGCAAACAGGAGAAGGCAAACCGCAUCAUCUCAGAAGCUAUUGCCAAGGCCAAAGAGAGGGGUGAGAGGAAUAUCCCCCGAGUAAUGAGUCCAGAGAACUUCCCUAGUGUCUCCUCUACUGAGGGAAGGGAGGAGAAACGUGGCCGGAAAGCAAAGUCAAAACCGAAGGAGAAGGAAAGCAAGCGAACCAAAGCAAGCAUUUCAUCCAAACUGAAGGAGAAGAAGAAGAUUGGUAAACUCAUUAUUACACUGGGUCGAAAGCAAAAGAGGAAAAUUGAAUCGUCAGAUGACAUCACUGAUACAGAAGGUGCCACACGUGGAUUAAAGGAUGAUCCUCAGAAGCGAAGGUCGAAUCGCCAGGUAAAAAGGAAAAAAUAUGCAGAGGAGGGAGAAUGGAAGCAACCGGAGGAUGAACCAAAGGCCAACGUUAAACCUAAGAAGAGUGCGGCACCACUGCCAGCAGAGCAGCCUCUACAAUUAUUUGUGAACAAAAGGUUUAACCAAACCUCCACUAUCUCUCAGGAGAACCCCAGUGAAGAAGAUGCUGCCAUUGUUGACAAAAUUCUAUCUUCAAGAACCGUGAAGAAAGAGACUGCCUCUGGCAAUUUUGUCGAACUGGAAGAAUUUUACGUCAAGUACAAAAAUUAUUCCUAUUUGCACUGUGAAUGGGCCACAGAGCAGCAGCUGCUAAAGGAUAAAAGAAUCCAGCAGAAAAUUAAACGAUUCAAGAUCAGACAGGCGCAAAGGGCACACUUUUUUGCUGAUAUGGAAGAAGAGAUGUUUAAUCCAGAUUACGUAGAAGUGGAUCGCGUAUUAGAAGUCUCCUUUUGUGAGGAUAAGGACACUGGUGAACCUGUUAUUUAUUAUCUAGUGAAGUGGUGCUCACUGCCGUAUGAAGACAGCACAUGGGAACUGAAGGAAGAUGUCGACCAAACAAAAAUUGAAGAAUUUGAGCAGCUGCAAGCAGUUAGACCUGAUACAAGGAGAAUGGAUCGGCCACCAACGAACUCUUGGAAGAAGAUACAUCAGUCAAGAGAAUAUAAAACGGGUAAUCAGCUCCGCGAAUACCAACUGGAAGGACUCAACUGGCUACUUUUCAACUGGUAUAACAGACGAAACUGCAUUUUAGCAGAUGAGAUGGGCCUGGGAAAAACUAUUCAGAGCAUCACAUUCCUGCAUGAAAUCUUCUUAACCGGGAUCAAGGGACCUUUUCUUAUCAUUGCUCCACUAUCCACCAUCACAAACUGGGAACGGGAGUUUCGUACGUGGACAGACCUCAAUGUGGUUGUAUACCAUGGCAGCAUGAUUAGCCGGCAAAUGAUCCAGCAAUAUGAAAUGUAUUUCCGGGACCCUCAGGGCCGCAUUGUACGGGGAGCCUACAAGUUUCAGGCUAUCAUCACCACUUUCGAGAUGAUUCUGGGAGGCUGUCCGGAGCUCAACGCUAUUGAAUGGCGCUGCGUGAUUAUCGAUGAGGCUCACAGGCUGAAGAACAAGAAUUGCAAGCUGCUAGAAGGACUUAAACUCAUGAACCUGGAACACAAAGUGCUGCUAACAGGGACACCUCUGCAAAACACUGUGGAAGAACUCUUUAGCCUUUUGCAUUUCCUGGAGCCUCUGCGAUUCCCCUCUGAGACCACGUUCAUGCAGGAGUUUGGUGAUCUGAAGACAGAAGAGCAGGUUCAGAAACUUCAGGCUAUCUUAAAACCAAUGAUGCUCCGACGGCUGAAGGAAGACGUAGAGAAAAAGCUGGCUCCUAAAGAAGAGACCAUUAUUGAGGUGGAAUUGACAAACAUCCAAAAGAAAUAUUAUAGGGCAAUCCUGGAGAAAAACUUUGCCUUCCUGUCCAAAGGUGCCGGCCAAGCCAAUGUGCCAAAUUUGGUUAACACUAUGAUGGAGCUGCGCAAAUGCUGCAAUCAUCCAUAUCUCAUCAAAGGUGCUGAAGAGAAGAUUCUUGGGGAGUUUAGAGAAACACACAAUCCGAUGGCUGCAGAUUUUUACCUUCAGGCCAUGAUCCAGUCUGCUGGGAAGCUGGUCCUCAUAGAUAAGCUGUUACCGAAAAUGAAAGCCGGAGGUCAUAAGGUGCUGAUCUUUUCUCAGAUGGUGCGUUGUCUGGACAUCUUGGAAGAUUAUCUCCUGCACAAGAGAUACUUGUAUGAGCGAAUUGAUGGUCGCGUCCGUGGAAACCUACGCCAAGCUGCUAUUGAUCGUUUUAGUAAGCCUGACUCUGAUAGGUUUGUGUUCCUUCUCUGCACUCGGGCUGGCGGCCUAGGGAUUAACCUGACUGCUGCUGACACCUGCAUCAUUUUUGAUUCCGACUGGAACCCACAAAAUGAUCUUCAGGCUCAAGCCCGGUGUCACAGAAUAGGGCAGAAUAAGGCUGUGAAGGUUUACAGAUUGAUAACCAGGAAUUCUUACGAACGAGAGAUGUUUGACCGCGCCAGUCUGAAGUUGGGUCUUGAUAAAGCUGUCCUGCAAAGCAUGAGUGGCAGAGAGAACAGUGUUGGAGGAAUCCAACAGCUUUCCAAGAAAGAGAUUGAAGACCUGCUAAGACGAGGAGCAUAUGGCGCUAUCAUGGAUGAGGAGGAUGAAGGGUCUAAGUUUUGUGAAGAAGAUAUUGACCAGAUAUUGCAGAGGAGAACAAAGACCAUCACCAUUGAGUCUGAAGGAAGGGGCUCAACAUUUGCGAAGGCAAGUUUUGUGGCUUCUGGCAAUAGAACAGACAUCUCUUUGGAUGAUCCCAACUUCUGGCAGAAAUGGGCUAAAAAAGCAGAAAUUGAUAUAGACUCUGUUAGCGGCCGAAACAGUCUGGUAAUUGAUACGCCGAGAAUCCGGAAGCAAACUCGACCUUUCAGUGCUACCAAGGACGAGUUGGCAGAAUUAUCAGAAGUAGAGAGUGAAGGAGAUGAUAAACCCAAGUUACGGCGGCCGUUUGAUCGUUCUAAUGGCUACGGCAGGACCGAAUGCUUCAGAGUUGAGAAGAACCUUCUUGUCUACGGGUGGGGGAGAUGGAGAGAUAUAUUGUCCCAUGGCCGAUUUAAAAGACAGCUGAAUGAGCAGGACGUUGAGAUAAUCUGUCGUGCUCUGCUGGCUUAUUGCCUUGUGCACUACAGAGGAGAUGAGAAGAUAAAGAGUUUCAUAUGGGACCUGAUUUCUCCAACGGAGGAUGGACAAACAAAGGAACUGCAGAAUCACUUAGGUCUGUCAGCACCUGUACCACGAGGCAGGAAAGGGAAAAAGAUAAAGACCCAGACCAGCACUUUUGAUAUCCACAAGGCCGAAUGGCUACGGAAGUAUAACCCAGAGCACCUCCUGCAAGACGAUGGGUACAAAAAGCACUUAAAGCAUCACUGCAACAAGGUAUUACUCAGAGUACGAAUGCUGUACUAUCUCAGACAGGAAGUGAUUGGCGUUCAUUACCAGAAAGUCAUUGAUGGCGUUGACGCAAGUGAGAUUGACCUGUGGAUCCCCGAGCCUGAUCAUUCAGAAUUACCUGUGAACUGGUGGGAUGCUGAUGCUGACAAGUCUCUUCUCAUUGGUGUGUUUAAGCACGGCUAUGAGAAGUACAACACUAUCCGGGCAGAUCCAGUCCUGUGCUUCCUAGAACGAGUGGGCAAACCAGAUGAGAAGGCUGUGGCGGCAGAACAGAGGGCUAAUGAUUAUAUAGAUGGUGAUGUUGAAGAUCCAGAAUAUAAACCAGCUCCUGCUUUGUUUAAGGAUGAUAUGGAGGAUUAUGCCUCUUCUCCUGGGGAUCUUGUAAUUGCAGAUGGAGAUGGGCCGAUUAUGGAAGGAGACAAAAGCUACUGGCCGACGCAGUCCGCGCUUACCACUCGCCUGCGCCGUCUUAUAACCACAUUCCAGCGCACAACUAAGUUUAGGCAGAUCCAGCAAGUUCCACCCAUAUUUCCAGUCCAUGCAGCUGUGACACAGGCACCUUAUGAAGAUGUUACACUGAAUCCAAAAAUAGCAGCAAAGAUUGAGAGACAGCAGAGGUGGACGCGUAGAGAAGAGGCUGACUUUUAUCGAGUGGUCUCCACGUUUGGAGUGGUAUUUGAUCCAGGAAGAGGGCAGUUUGACUGGACCAAAUUCAGAGCUUUGGCCAGAUUGCACAAGAAAACAGAUGAGAGUUUGGAAAAGUAUCUUUAUACCUUCAUGGCUAUGUGUCGGAGGGUGUGUCGGCUGCCCACUAAAGAAGAGUACAUUGAUCCGACCAUCUCCAUUCAACCAAUUACAGAAGAAAGAGCCUCUCGAACAUUAUACCGAAUUGAACUCCUGAGGAAAGUACGGGAACAGGCGCUACGUCACCCACAACUCUUUGAGCGCCUGAAGCUCUGCCACCCAAACCCAGAUCUGCCGGUGUGGUGGGAGUGUGGCAAUCAUGACAGGGAUUUGCUUAUUGGAGCUGCUAAGCAUGGUGUGAGCAGGACAGACUACCAUAUUAUGCGGGACCCAGAGCUGUCCUUUAUGGCUUCUCAGAAGAACUACAACCAGAGCAAAGGAAGCUCUUCUACUUCUGUUACAGCUACACCAAACCAGAUAGCAAUGUCUGCAUCGCCUCACAAUCCACAACCAAGGGUACAGGAUUUUAAAGGGAUCCCAUGCGAGGAGUUCAAAGUAAGAAAUGAAACUGUAAUUGAUGAUGUCCAUUUGCCAGAGGAAGACUCUCUACUUUUGGAGCAGGCUAAGGCAAAAUUGAAAGUAGAACCAAUGAGUCCUGCUAACAGCCCAUUAACUCACACUGGAGAACAUAAGCCACCUGUAAAGUUGGAAACAGACAGACGAAUGGUGGCAGCAAGGACUGAACCUCUCACCCCUAAUCUAACUUCCAAAAAACAGAGGAUAAGCAAGCGAGGGUCAGCAUCCAGCUCAGGAUCUGACUCGGACUCAGACAGAUCGUCAUGCUCAUCUAGAUCUUCCUCAUCCUCUUCUUCGUCAUCCUCCUCUUGCUCCCGCUCAGGAUCUAGCUCUUCCUCCUCUUCUUCCUCUUCUUGUUCAUCAUCGUCAUCCUCGUCUUCCUCUUCUUCUUCUUCCUCAUCUUCUUCAUCUGAAGAUAGUGACAGUGAUGACGGGAAGGAGCAGAAAAGAGAACACACCUCACAUACGAAAGCUUACGAUGAAGAGAGUGUGGCUUCUUUAAGUACCAUACAAGACGAAACUCAGGACAGCUUUCAGAUGGAUAACGGAAUCCACAAUUCCAGCUAUCCCAUGCAAGGGGGCUUCAUGUUUGCAGCGAACCAUUGGCCUAAGGAUCGUGUGAUUAUCAAUAGGCUGGAUAGUAUUUGCCAGGCAGUAUUGAAAGGAAAGUGGCCUACGACUAGAAGGAGCUACGAUGGCAGCAGCGUGGCCUCCUUCUAUACCACCAAGCUUCUCGAUAGUCCGGGGGCCGCUGUCGCCGACAACAGCGAGCCAGCCCCACAGGCCACUCCAUGUAUCAAUGUCAAGGAAGAGCUUGACCUAUCGGCACAGAUGUCAAAGGUGAAGAAGCAUGUACCAGAAAAGGAGUUUACAGUGAAAAUCAAUGACGAAGGCGGCUUGAAAUUGACUUUCCAGAAACAGGGACUUUCUCAGAAGCGACCAAUGGACAGUGAAGAAGGGAGAUUAAGCCAGCAGCAGUAUUUAGCUCGGCUGCAGGACCUUCAGAAUGCAUCUGAAGCAAGCCUGGUCAACUUUCCCAAGUCCACCGCAGCAUCAGGUAUUUCCAGUCAGCCAAUGAAUGCCAGUGCUAAUGGAGUAUUAACAGAUACACAACCGGUCAUUAAGAAGAGGAGAGGCCGGAGAAAGAAUGUGGAGGGUGUUGAUAUUCUGUUCAUGAACAGGAAUAAAAUGCUCAGUCAUAUAAGUCCAGGUGUGAACCCUGCAUUGCCUCAGUCUGCUUCCUACCAUCAAGGUCCCCCAUGUCCACAGCCUCAAGGACCACAGGAUGCAGAUAGCCCUGUCCCUGUGAUUAAUCUUAAAGAUGGCACAAGACUGGCUGGAGAUGAUGCUCCAAAGAGAAAAGAUCUGGAGGCCUGGCUGAAAGAGCAUCCUGGCUAUGUGGAGGACUUGGGUGCAUUUAUCCCGAGGAUGUCCCUCCAUGAUGGGAGACCGAAACAGAAGAGGCACCGUUGCCGGAAUCCUAACAAGUUGGAUGUCAACAGCCUUACUGGGGAGGAGAGGGUGCAGCUUAUCAACAGGAGGAAUGCAAGGAAGGUAGGCGGUGCGUUUGCUCCUCCACUGAAGGAUCUAUGCAGGUUCUUAAAGGGAAAUCCAGAAUACGGUGUUGCACCAGAAUGGGGAGAUGUUGUAAAGCAGUCUGGAUUUCUCCCAGAUUGCAUGUUUGACCGUAUCCUAACUGGACCUGUGGUAAGAGAAGAAGUAAGCAGGAGAGGAAGGAGGCCAAAAAGUGAGAUUGCAAAGGCAUCAGCAACUGCCGCCACGUCCUCUGUCAACUCUGUGAGUGUGAACCCUCUGUUGACUAAUGGGCUUAUCCCAAGUAUGGAUCUUUCUGGUUUCCAAGCCUUGCAGCAGAACUUUCAGAGCCUGCAAUCUCUGCAAUUAACAGCUGGGCUGAUAGGCUUACCUGCCGGCCUCUCUGCAUCUGGUGGAGAUACAAAAAACAUGGCAGCGAUGUUCCCCAUGCUGCUCUCAGGCAUGGCUGGAUUGCCCAAUCUUCUAGGUUUAGGAAGUCUUUUAAAUAAGUCUUCAGAGCCUAACACCGAUGGGAAAGAGAAGAAUUGCUCAAAUGACAGCAAAGAGGCAGAUGGGUGUAAAGAAAGGACGAUGUCUCCUCCUGGUGACAAACCCAGACAGAACUCAAGCUCUCCAUCCACAUCCACCGGAACUACACUAAGAGCAAGCUCCUUAGCAAUCAACCCCUUGUUGUUACCCAAUAUACUCUAUCCAGGGAUGCUCCUCACUCCAGGCCUUAAUAUCCACAUCCCGGCUGUGCCCCAGCCUACGUUAUAUGAUGUACAAAACGCUAGCAAUGAAACUAUUACCGCUCAGCCCGCAGACACCACCACAGAACCUCCUUCUGCUCCCAGUCAGGAAGAGAAUCCUGGAGUGGAGAUUGGUUCCCAGAAUGAGAACAGCACAGACGAAGGUUCAGAGAAGGUGGACCCUUCUUCAGCAUCCAACAGCGCUUUUUCGACUUCAUCUGAAGAUUCGGACUCUUCAGAAGAUUGAUUCUCAUACCCUGCACUUAAAUUAUACUAAAUCCCAUUUUGGAAGCUCCUCCUGCCUACAGUUAUUUUAGUUGUAAAUAUAUGUGUUUGAGUGCAUCAAGGAUUUUACUGACAGACAGACAUUUCAGUAUUUGCUCUGAAAAUGCAAACUGCGUUUAAAAAACGUUUUGCAUGUAAUAUUCUCACAGAAUCUCUGAACUUCUAUGUAAUAUCAAAACGAAAAAUACACACCGUGCUGUAAGCAACUUACAGCAAAAGGCAUUAUAAUUUUGUUUGAGGGAUGGGUCUGGGGUAAUUUUAUGGAAAAAAAAAUACAAAUCAAAACGUAAAAAAAAAAUUUUAAAAAAGCAAAGGAAAAAAAAAAAGGGAAAAGUUUUUUGCUCUAAAAGAGCUGUAUAUAAAUAAUAUAUUUGCAGUGAAACACAGAA